GAGGACCGGAUGCAAUUUUUAAGAACCCUAAGCAUUCCUAGAUUAAACUCGUGGAGUAAGCAAGGGAUUCUGCAAAAAUAAUAAGAGAAUUAUAAAGAAGAUCCAGUAACAUGCCCAAUGUUGCGGUUGGAAAUAAACAAUAUGGACGAACUUGCACAUGUUUGUACUUCAUCGAUUAAUCAAUUAAUGCCAACGAAUUACAGAGUGGAUAUGUCGUUUGACACCACAUAUUAGAGAUCACACAAUUGCAUUCGAGAUGAAUUUACAGCUUUGUUUCGAACGUUCUUGAUUUGGGACAUUUAUAUUGGUUUUUCAAACAUGGCUGCCGUUCCUGCUGUAGACGCGGAGGGCUCUGUUAUUUUCUCAGAUUUGGGAUAUAAUGGAAUACAUGAAGAAGACGAUAAAUAUGGAAGAGAAAUGGUGUCCCAACCCAAAAAGGAAACAUCCAAAAUGGAUGCGAAUAUAUGGAGACUUCUUCCAGACCAUCUGAUUGAAAGAGUUCUGCCAUGGUUGCCAGUCCCCAGCAUUGUAAGAUCCCAAUUAGUAUGUAAAUCAUGGAAUUCUAUGAUAAAUUCAAGACUUUUUUCACAUUAUUAUUCAGAGGCCUAUUUUUUAGUAGAACGUGAACCGUGGUUCCUUGUGUUUCCAAAGAAACAUGAGAAUUUGGGAUUAGCUUAUGAUCCCUUGGAAAACAGAUGGAUCAAUUUGCCGUUUAACUUUCUUCCAACGGAGAGCAGGGCAGUUGCCACAGCAGAGGGGCUUAUAUGCAUGAUUCCUAAGGCAAACAAUAUAAAUAGUUUGUAUAUAUGCAACCCUUUCUCCAAAUCGUGGAGAGUUGUGCCUAGACCUCCAGGUCUCUUGAAAUUCUUCUUUCUAGUUGCUGGUGUGGUGGUAGAAAAGAUGACAAGGUCCUUUAAGAUGGUAUUAGCAGGAUCUGAACUUGUUUCUGGAGAUAUUGAUCAAUUUGUCCUUACAGCUGAGGUGUAUGAUUCAGAAACUAAUUGUUGGAUGAGAAGUAGGAGUUUCCUUGUAGAAGCACCUGUAUUUCCAUGGAGAGCAAUAAGCCAUGGAAUCUUGUAUUGUGUGAUAGGACAGGCUCCAUGGAAUAUCAUAGGUUUCAAUGUUCAUAAUGGGUCUUGGUUCCGAAUUAGUGCUCCUAUGCCUGCUUUAUUGACUUCUGUAAAGCUCAUGGAUCAUAAAGGAAGGCUGAUCCUGAUUGGAGGAAUAGGGAAUUCUGGUAUUACAACAGAAAUUGGAAUGUGGGAGCUUAAUGAAGCCAGUGUAGAAUGGAUGAAGGUUGGUGGAUUACCUAAAGAAUUUUGUGAUGGAUUUCUGAUGUCUUUGUCAAGACGAUUUGCUUGUGUUGGCCAUGGGGAUCUCAUUUAUUUCACCAGCAAGAAAUACCCUAAAAUGUUAGUGUAUGACCUCUCAACCCAAUCUUGGAAUUGGAUGCAAUGUUGUCCAGAGCUAGUUGAUCCUCAUCUACACAUCUUUAAUGGUUUUUGUUUCCAACCUCGCCUAGAUAUGUGAUGAUUUUAGAUUUUCUCAAAUGGAAUUCGGAUUUAUGGUCUAGUUCUCAUGCCAGUACAUUCACAGCCUCAGUUCAGUUAUUUCAGAACGCAUAUCUCUAAGGGAACCAAGGUUGGUGCAUUUCACCUUGUAAUGAGAAUGGUGGGAUGAUGAGUGUGCAUAACUUGUGAGAUCUGUCAUUUCCAUCUUGCACAUGAAAUCUGAUGUCUGUCAAUUUUUAGGAUUGACAUCCUCUGUAUUUUCUUAAAUUGUUGAUAUUCUUUAGAAUGUUGUAUGUAGAUUCUUUAAUUGAAUUUUUUGCAUUAGAAUGUAAAUAUGGGAACAGUGUGAGUGCAAUUUCAA